AUGGUUGGCACAUCGAAGGUUGGAGUCCUCGGGGCUCUGAUGCUGCAGGCUUCUCUGGCCGUCGCCGCUGUCUCGGUUGGCCCAGAGGCCGUGUCCAUCAGACGGGCUGAGGGACUCCGCCUGGUCAAGAUCUCAGAGGAGGACCCAGGCACCUGGAUGACCGAUGAGGAGAAGUUUGAGAAGCUCACUUCCAAGUACAUCGGUUUCAUGGACAUCACCGAGACCAUGGAACUCGAGGCAAUGGGCGCACAGAGACUGGCGAACCGGGAGGCUCAAGCUGCUUUCGCUUUCCCGUCGAAGCCUAGUCACCAGACCGAGGCCAAUGCUCUCAUCAAGAACCUCGUGCAGAGCAACCUGGAGACCUGGACCAACUCGAUGGCCGACUUCUAUAACCGCUACUACAAAGGUUCCUAUGCUGCGACCAGCGCCGCGUGGAUGUACGACACCGUUGUUGACGUGGCCUCUGCCAACUCAGCGAUCACUGUCGAGAAGUUCACGCACUCAUACAACCAGCCGAGUGUCAUCGCGACCAUUCCGGGCGCAUCUGACCAAGUCGUCGUUGUGUCGGCCCACUACGACUCUAUCGGCUCCACAACCUCCGGCCGCGCCCCGGGCGCUGAUGACAAUGCAUCGGGCGUGGUUGCCAUUCUAGAGGCCCUGCGCGUCCUGGCUGAGGACGGCUUCGAGCCUGCCAACACGCUCGAGUUCCACUUCUACUCAGGGGAAGAAGGGGGUCUCCUCGGCUCUCGCGAUGUCUUCAACUCGUACGCCAAGAACGGUGUUGACGUGCUCGCCGUCAUGAAUCAGGACGAGACUGGAUACUCACCAAACAACGUCAUCGCCGUCUACACCGACUACGUCGACGCCAGCCUGACUUCCUUCAUUCAGAAGCUUGUGCCGGUCUACAGCUCGCUGCCUCUGUCGACCGACGUGUGCGGCUACGGUUGCUCAGACCAUGCAUCUGCCAGGUCCGCUGGCUACGCAGCGGCUUACGUCUGCGAUGAGAACAUCAGGGAUGCCUCACCUUACACCCACUCAGCCAGUGACACUGUUUCUACUGUCAGCUUCCCUCACGUUUUCGAGCACGCCAAGUUGACUGUUGGUUUCCUUGUCGAGGCCUCUUACUUUUAA